AUGACCUCCCUCAACAACCUUCUCAAUCCCGAGAGCACAUAUGAGUACAACCGCAGGGUCACACAAGCUCACAGUAACGGCUCGCCCGCAAGCACGACGUCCUCGCCGCCAGCGACCAUCUCCACCGAGCGCACCGUCGAGGAGAACUACUAUGGACAGACCAAUAUCUCCAUCACGCCGCAUGAGCCACACCCCAACUGCCCCGACACCUUGACCUGCCUCCCCGACACCGAUGGUCGUCCACAACACACCCUCCCCGUCAUCCUCCGCUGUGCCAUCCUCGGCAGCCCCAAGAGACGCCUCACAAUUCGAGAGAUAUACGCGGCGAUGGAGAAAAAGUAUCCGUACUACAAGACGGCGGGGCCGGCAUGGAAGCAAUCAGUGAGGCAUCACUUAUCACUUAAUCGACUCUUUGAGCGCCAACCGCGGCCAGCAACAGACCCAGGCUUUGGGUCGUACUGGACCGUCAACCUCGACGCUCCCCCGGGGACGAAGCGACCACGCAAGAGAGGCCGCGCCAACAAGGACGCCCCUGCAAACAACCUCCCUCUCGAAACCGACGCGCUGCAAGCCCCGCUGGGGCACUCGGCGCAAACCCUCCCACACCCCAUUCCGCCACUAACUCAGCUCCGUCCUCCGCUCAGUCAUCAGCACCGACCUCAGCCCCGCCGUUUCCGAAGUAGGUCGUUCAAUCAAGGAUCUACGCUACGCUCUGCGAAGUACUACGAUGAAGACGAGGACGAGGACGAUAUGGAGUGGGAGGAGGAGGGUACGCGAAUGUCGGACUACGACAGCGCGGAGGACACACCAUACCAGUACGACCCUCGACAGAAGCCUUCGACGUCGAGUUCACACCCUCCUCACUCGUUAUCCUCUCUGUACCGAGGCGGCGACGGACAAGCAUACAAAAGCCCAGAAGGACAGACUUUCAGGAGUUCUGAGGCGGGAGACCCUCUCAUCGAGCGGUUGAAGAUGGAGAUGGCCGGCCUAAGGCGGCAAUCGACUGAUGCUGUCAACGCCUCGCUCCGUUUGUCUGCUCAACUGUCAGAGUCGCAGGCGGAUACGUCGAGAGCGAGGUCAACAGUCAAGGUGUUGGAGAACCGGCUGGAGGAGGAGAUAAGGCGACGGCGGGACGCGGAGCACAUCGCGGAGGACGAGGCGCGGCUCAGGCUGGCGGCGGAGGACGCGCUCCGAGCAUACCAGUUGCAGAGAAGACCACCGGGGUACACGUCAUCCAGGCCAUGA